AUGCCAGUGAAUAUGGGCAAACAUUGGGCUGUAGCUGGUGGCAGGGCUACUGGCAUUUUCACCGACUGGAAGAGUGCAGAAAAUGCCACCAAAGGGACAAAAGCCUGCUAUGAGGCUUUUAGCUCCCAAGAAGAAGCAGAAGAUUUUAUUGCAAGUUGGAAAGAUGCCUUCGCUGACGUAUCGCGACUGGCCAUCAGACAAGCAUUAGAGAAUGGAUGGAAGCCUCGUAAUAUGAAGUUUAAUGUUGAGUCAUUUUUAAUUAGAGACAAUGAGAAUAUGAUGGGGAAAAACGACAAAGAGAUCAAGUUGUGUGGGAUUGAAAAAGAGGAAAACCUUAACCUUCUAAACUUUGAAAAGUUGGCUAUCAAAGAAGAACAUAAGAUAUGA